AUGUCGUUCCUUCGCACAUUCCCGUCCGCAAGACGGACACAGAGUCUUCCAUGGACCGCAGCCCGAUGUCUUGUCCUGCAAUCACAACAUAGCACAGCCUUCUCCACCUCUGCACAACUCCAGGCGCGAAAAAAGGGCGGUCCCAGAAAAGAUCCCCGAAUCACACAAAUUCGUUACCAUCUACAACACGGCCUCACGCCCCGACCACUUCGCUUCUCCAGGAAUCGCGCCCUCCGCCACUGGACCAUUCACCGGGCAUGGCAACGUUUCCAAGAUGUCCAACGUCAGACAAAGGAAAGGGAGCUUGAACGACAGUACAAUGCCAUGGCAGCAGCAUGCGAGACAUUGAGAUUGAUUGACGACACGGGAUUGACGAGGGAGGAGGCGGAGAAGAUUGGUGCGAAGAGGAAGGAUGGUGUCAUGGGCAAGAAGGGAAUGGAGGAGGGAAGAUUGUACAGAAUCGCAAUGAGGAAGGAUGAUGUGUGGGAUGGCGUGCSAAUUGAAUAUGCGAGAUUGCAGGUCGAGACACCGGGCAGGGAUGGGUGGAAUCAUGGUUGGACGAGGUAG